AUGGCAACGGAAACUGAAAUUCAAUCUGAUGGACAAUGGGUUUUUGAGAAAGGCUUUCAAAAUAACCCUGAAACACCCGAACCCAUCGAGCUCCAAGUAAAAGGGACCAUUCCAAAAUGGGCGGAAGGUGUUUUACACCGUAAUGGACCGGGAACUUUCGAAAUCCCAAUCGAGAAAAAUAGAUGCAUGUUUAAAAUCCAUCAUUGGUUUGACGGGCUUGCUCAAGUACAUCGAUUUGAAAUCCGUGACGGAAAGGUCACGUAUCGUAGUCGUAAUAUUUCGAAAGUUUCUGAUAUUAUUACUUUUGGACAAGAUCCAUGCGAGAGCUUGUUUCAUAAGUUCUCUACAUCAUUUCAAGUAAUCACCGGCGCAAAAGGCAUCUCGCAAAACACUGACGCAAACACUAAUGCAAACACUAAUGUGACAUUGACACGUGAGCUUCCGCUCCCGGAAAACCAAAGAGCAUUAAUGUCGGCGAAAACACACCGACAACUCGUGGCCCAAACAGACGCCAACAUCUUGAAAACAUUAGAUCCAAUCACUAUCGAACCAAUUAAAGUCUUUAACUUUUCGGAAUACGAUCCACGUCUUAAUGGCGAAAUGUCCCCCGCGCAUCCACAAUAUGAUGCCUCGACGGGAGAAUAUAUUAGUUUUACACAAAAGAAUGGUCCAAAGACGAAAUAUACGAUUUUUUCGAUUCGUGAAGAUCCGGAAACGAGAAAACCAAUCACUAAAAUUCUUUAUAAAAUUAAAGCGUCAAGGAGUGUAUAUGUGCAUAGUUUUUCACUGACAAAGAAAUAUGUUAUUCUCAUUUUAUGGCAAUGCGAUCUUGCAUGGAAGGGGCUAAAAGUAGUCUGGAACAAAAACCUUCUACAAUCAUUUAAACCAUGGAAUCAUAAUGAAUCCACCUACUAUUACGUAAUAGACAGAGACAAACAAAAUCACGUCGCAACAUUUAUUUCUCCAACGUACUUCUGUUUUCAUACAUUAAACGCUUGGGACGAAAAUGACGACAUCAUUUUAGACUUGGUACAACAUAAAGAUCAUAGUCCUGUUGAAGACCUUGCAUUACCAGCGUUAUUAGGUCAAAUAAAGACCAAUGAAACAUUAGCACUGAAGGGUAGAUUAACUCGAUAUCGACUUGCUAAAGUAUCAGAAAAUUUAUGGUCAGUUGCUGCUGGUGAAGAUGCGAAAAAAUUGCCGUCUGCCGAAACAUUGUUUCAGGCUCCUUUGGAAUUGAAUACCGAAUUGACGACUAUCGAUUAUUCGAGAUUUCAUUUAAAGAAGCAUCGGUUCGCAUAUGGAGCAAAUAUGUCUGCUAGACCCGAUGCCCGCUUCUUUGACACAAUACUUAAACUCGAUCUCGAUCAAAAUCCCGACGGAUCAUUCUCGCAUAAAAAGUGGGAACAAUGGUCGUGCACGCCUAGUGAACCGAUCUUUAUUCCGGCUCCCAACGCUGUUGAAGAAGAUGAUGGGGUGGUGUUAAGUGUUGUGCUAGAUGGUACAAAAGGUACAAGCUUCUUAUUGGUGUUGGAUGCAAAAUCUUUUAAGGAAAUUGCGAGAGCUGAAUUUGAAUACGGAAAAGUUGUCCCGUAUGGCUUUCAUGGUGUAUGGAAGGACGAAAUUUAG